CGCAAGGCGCAAAGUUGUGACCCAAGUAGUCCAACUUAAAGGGCGGAGAGCGAGCGACAGUGAGGCACAAAUUGCCAUUGAGUGUUCAUUGCGUGGCGACGAAAAUGUACAGAUCUUAAUAAAUUGAGAGGGAGCUUGUGAGAUUGACGCGCACAGUUUACAUUUCCCCAAAGUUUGUAAAUAACAAAAAGUCCCCCUGCAGCAAUAUGGCUGCUGCAUUUGUUUAUCGCCUGCUUUUGUCUGCGGCAUCUAUUGUUAAUGUGCUGCCGAUUGGAGCACAAAGGCAUACAGCUUCAGAUAAUCCCUCGACAUACAAUAUAGGCGGUGUAUUGAGCAAUUCCGACAGCGAGGCUCAUUUUCGCACAACAAUAGCGCAUUUGAAUUUCGACCAGCAGUAUGUGCCACGCAAGGUUACCUAUUACGAUAAGACGAUACGGAUGGAUAAGAACCCAAUUAAGACCGUAUUUAAUGUCUGCGACAAGCUCAUUGAAAAACGUGUCUACGCGGUUGUUGUGUCGCAUGAGCAAACCUCAGGCGAUUUGUCGCCAGCAGCUGUGAGCUAUACAAGCGGUUUCUAUUCCAUACCCGUCAUUGGCAUAUCCUCCCGAGAUGCGGCCUUCUCCGACAAGAAUAUACACGUCUCAUUCCUCCGCACUGUUCCCCCGUACUAUCAUCAGGCGGACGUUUGGCUCGAAAUGCUCAGUCACUUUCUGUAUACGAAGGUAAUCAUCAUUCACAGUUCUGAUACGGAUGGACGCGCCAUUUUGGGUCGCUUCCAGACCACAUCGCAGACCUACUAUGAUGACGUUGAUGUGCGAGCAACCGUUGAAUUGAUUGUUGAAUUCGAGCCAAAACUGGAGAGUUUUACGGAGCAUUUAAUAGACAUGAAGACGGCACAGUCCAGGGUCUAUCUUAUGUAUGCGAGCACUGAGGAUGCGCAAGUGAUAUUCCGCGAUGCUGGCGAAUAUAAUAUGACUGGCGAGGGACAUGUGUGGAUUGUGACGGAGCAGGCGCUGCAUGCGGACAAUACGCCGGACGGAGUGCUUGGCCUGAAGCUGGAGCACGCCCAUGGCGACAAGGGACACAUUAGGGAUAGCGUUUAUGUGUUGGCAUCGGCAAUUAAGGAAAUGAUUUCAAACGAAACUAUAGCUGAGGCGCCUAAGGAUUGUGGCGAUUCGGCGGUCAAUUGGGAAUCAGGCAAGCGUCUGUUUCAGUACCUAAAGUCUAGAAACAUAACGGGAGAGACGGGUCAAGUGGCCUUUGAUGACAAUGGCGAUCGCAUCUAUGCGGGCUACGAUGUGAUCAACAUCAGAGAGCGUCAGCAGCAGCACGUUGUUGGCAAGUUCAGCUACGAUAGCUUGAAGGGCAAAAUGCGCAUGCGCAUCAACGACAGCGAGAUCAUCUGGGGCGGUAAACAGAAGCGCAAGCCGGAGGGCAUCAUGAUACCCACUCACCUCAAGGUGCUCACCAUAGAGGAGAAGCCCUUUGUCUACGUGCGACGCAUGGGCGACGACGAGUUCCGCUGUGAGCCUGACGAGCGGCCCUGUCCUCUCUUUAAUGCCAGCGAUGCCUCAACUAAUGAGUUCUGCUGUCGCGGCUACUGCAUUGAUCUGCUCAUUGAGCUGUCGAAGCGCAUCAAUUUUACCUAUGAUCUAGCUUUAUCGCCCGAUGGCCAAUUUGGACAUUACAUACUGAGGAAUAGCACUGGAGCUUUGGCCUUGCGCAAGGAGUGGACGGGAUUGAUUGGCGAACUGGUCAAUGAACGUGCCGACAUGAUCGUUGCACCACUAACCAUUAAUCCGGAGCGUGCCGAGUACAUUGAAUUCUCGAAACCAUUCAAAUACCAAGGCAUUACAAUACUCGAGAAGAAACCGUCCCGAUCGAGUACUCUUGUGUCUUUCUUGCAGCCAUUUAGUAACACGCUAUGGAUCUUGGUAAUGGUGUCGGUUCAUGUUGUGGCGCUCGUCCUCUAUCUGCUCGACAGAUUCUCACCGUUUGGACGCUUCAAGCUCUCGCACACGGACAGCAACGAGGAGAAGGCCCUCAAUCUCAGCUCUGCUGUGUGGUUCGCCUGGGGUGUGCUGCUCAAUAGUGGGAUUGGUGAGGGAACGCCGCGCAGCUUCUCGGCCCGGGUGCUGGGCAUGGUCUGGGCCGGUUUUGCCAUGAUUAUUGUCGCCUCCUACACUGCCAACCUGGCUGCCUUUCUCGUGCUCGAGCGUCCCAAAACAAAGCUGAGUGGCAUCAACGAUGCACGCUUGCGCAACACCAUGGAGAAUCUGACGUGUGCCACAGUCAAGGGGUCAUCGGUGGACAUGUACUUUCGUCGGCAGGUGGAGCUCUCGAACAUGUAUCGCACCAUGGAGUCCAACAACUAUGUGACCGCCGAGCAGGCGAUUCAGGAUGUGAAGAAGGGCAAGCUGAUGGCUUUUAUAUGGGACUCGUCGCGUCUGGAGUAUGAGGCUUCCAAGGACUGUGAGUUGGUCACUGCUGGCGAGCUCUUUGGACGCAGUGGCUAUGGCAUAGGAUUGCAGAAGGGUUCACCCUGGACAGAUGCUGUUACGUUGGCCAUACUCGAGUUUCAUGAAAGUGGCUUCAUGGAGAAACUGGACAAGCAGUGGAUCUUUCAUGGUCACGUGCAGCAGAACUGCGAGCUGUUUGAGAAGACACCCAAUACGCUGGGACUGAAGAACAUGGCUGGCGUGUUCAUCUUGGUGGGCGUGGGCAUUGCUGGAGGCGUGGGGCUCAUCAUCAUUGAGGUCAUCUACAAGAAGCAUCAGGUGAAAAAGCAAAAGCGGCUGGACAUAGCACGCCAUGCCGCCGACAAAUGGCGCGGCACCAUUGAGAAACGCAAGACGAUACGCGCCUCGCUGGCCAUGCAACGUCAGUACAAUGUGGGUCUGAUGGCAUCCCAUGCACCUGGGACCAUCAGCCUGGCGGUGGACAAACGUCGUUAUCCUCGCCUGGGUCAACGUCUGGGACCGGAACGAGCUUGGCCCGGCGAUGCUGCCGAUGUGCUGCGCAUACGGCGACCCUAUGAACUGGCCAAAUCCGGAUUGGCACCGCCUCAAUUGGGUCUGGGAAAGACGCGACCACAACAGAAUCAAUUGCCACCGCGCUACUCGCCCGGUUAUACCAGCGAUGUGUCGCACUUGGUCGUUUAAGUUAACAUUUUGAGCUGCCCUUUGGGCAAAUAGCAAAACAAAACCUAAGAUAGUAUUACGAUUACGAUGAAUAUGAAUUAUCGCCAACGAUUAUACAUCGCAAUGUGUCCCAUGCUCAAUACCUGAGGAUUUACAAAGCCAAUUGAGAAUUUAUACCUAAACAUUGCAUGCCACUAAUUUGCUGGGACAUUAAUCAAGCACUGGGAGUCCACUUUAAAGCAGAGUAUUUUAACUUUAACAUAAGUUAGUAUUUUAAAAUACUAACUCUCUUUAAUUUCAUUAAAUAUUCAUAUCAUUCCCU